AUGUCCCACAAACAAGGAACAACGCCCGCAGACAAGACACAAGAUGAGCAUAUUGAAUCUAUCGAGACCGCGCCCCGUCGGGAGCUGCAGCAUGCAAACGAACCUACUCAGGAUGCAGCUCUUGACCUCAUGAGAGACGCAGGUCAUUCAGCCAUCCUAACACCCGAGAACAACGCCAAAGUCCUUCGGAAGAUCGACCUUAGACUCUUGCCUAUUCUGCUAGGAAUCUAUUUCCUGCAGCAGGUUGACAAGUCGACUCUCUCAUACGCGUCGGUCUUUGGUCUGGUUGAGAAGGCCCAUCUUCAUGGGCAGGAAUACUCGUGGCUGGGGGCGGUGGUCUACCUGGUGCAACUCGUUGCUCAGCCGUUCGUCGCCUACAUCCUGGUCAAAGUGCCUCUGGGGAAGUUCCUGGCAUGUACGACCUUUUUCUGGGGCAUUGCCCUGACAUGCAUGACUCCAGCGAAUACGUUUGCGAAGUUGUUGGUCUGUCGGAUGUUUCUGGGUCUCUUUGAAGCUGGUAUACCGCCGGCGUUCAUUGCGAUCACGCAGAUGUGGUAUCGACGACGCGAACAGCCCGUCCGGCUUGGUUCAUGGUAUGCCAUGAACGGGGUGGUGAACAUGUUUGGAAGUCUGAUAACCUACGGUCUUGGUCACAUUGGAUCUUCGGUCUUCGAGCCCUACCAGAUUAUCUUCUUGUUUUUCGGGCUCAUCACGAUUGUUUUCUCUGCCGUUGUAUUUAUUCUGAUGCCGGACUCACCGAUGAAGUCCAAAUUCCUUCAUGAAGAGGAUAAAGUUCUGGCUAUUGAAAGACUUCGUAUGAAUCAGCAAGGUAUCGAAACGCACGAGUGGAAAUGGCAGCAUGUGAAAGAAACCUGCCUCGAUAUCAAGUCUUUCUUCUGGUUUGCUUUGAUGUUCUCAAUUUCAAUCCCCAGCGGCGGCAUCUCGACCUUUGGGCCAUUGAUUAUCGAAGCAUUCGGAUUCAACCAAUUUGACACAAUCCUCUUCAAUAUACCUUUUGGCGCUGUUCAGCUCAUUGCAACUAUGGGAGGGGCGUGGAUGGCGACUAAGCUCCAGAUGAAGGGUCCUGUUAUAGCUUUGCUCUGUUUGCCUGCUAUUGCGGGAUGUGUGAUGUUGUUGCAGAUUCCGCAUGAUGGUAAUCACAAUGGGGCACUGCUUGCAGGAUAUUACAUUAUCUCUGUAUACCCAGGAAUUACACCCUUGAUCUACUCGUGGUCCGCGGGUAACACAGGAGGCGAAACGAAGAAGAAGCUUGUGAACGGUAUUCUACUCGUUGGACAAUGUGCCGGUAACGUCCUAGGAUCGAAUCUGUACACUACAACUGAAGCACCGCUAUACAGACGUGGUCUGCUCUCCAAUCUCGCCAUGUUCUGCGUCCUCAUCCUGCUUUGCGCAUUGAACAUGGGAUACCUCUACUUCCUCAACAAGAAACAUGAGAAGAAGCGCGUGAGCAUGGGAAAGAGCGCAAAGAUCAUCGACCACUCCAUGCAAGCCGUAGGAGCAGUCCCAAUCGACAAGACUGAAGCGCCUCAGGAGACGCUUGGUGACGACAAUGCGUUCAAGGACCUGACGGACUGGGAGAACGAGGAUUUUGUCUAUGUAUACUAA